AUUACCACUUGGUUUAUGGUAGUUUGACUGAUUGUGAUUUUGUUGAUUACGCACUACUAAAAAGUAAAAUCAGGAUAAGGGCCAUUAGAUAGGACCUGCUGUCCUGUACAUGUACAUGGUGCUGUGGUACUGUUAACUUUGCUCCAACACACACAUCUUAAUUUUAUAGUGUUUUUUGGCAACAUGUAAACCUUUUAAAAUCCAAAGAAGUCAAUGGACACGCUAUCAAGCUCCAUUAUUUCUGCAGUAAGUGAAUGAAAGGUGGCUGUAUAGUGCAAAUUUUUUAAAAAAUUACCUCCAAAUCCCGUCUGCCUCAUUUUAAAGCUCACCCUGCUAUUGACUUGUGGGUAAUAGAUUCUGAAACCAAUCACAGGAGGUUUUAAUUAGUAUCUCUCCAUCGCAGCUGGUAGACCUACAGGUGAACUGCUCCUGGCUGCAAACAUCAUUCAGAUCCUCACGCUCUGUUUUCUCUCUUUUACACCACCUAACUGUUAUAUGGAGCCAUUAACAAAAGUGGACGAGCCAUUUCCUACACCUCCACCGUAUUUCUUACCAGACUCUGGGCAAGAUGCGAGGACCUACCAUAUUCACUCACCUUUCAGCCCUGCACCACCUCCUCCUUCCUUCUCCUUUUCUCCUGGACUUGGCUGCUCCACCCAAACUUACUCACCUCCAGUGUCUGCUCUCCCUCCGCUUACUCCCAGGCCGAAGUUUGUGAGCUAUGAACCGGAGCUGUAUCGCUCUCCAGCUCUGACAACAUGCCCUGCUUGUCAGACUCAGGUCACCACCCAGGUCACCUACCAAGUCGGGACUCACGCGUGGCUCAUGUGUUUUGUGUUUGUGUUAUGCGGGUUGCUGCUUGGAUGCUGCCUGAUUCCACUAUUUGUGAACUAUUUCAAGGAUGUCCAUCACACUUGUCCUCGCUGUCGACAUGUCCUCUACAUACGCAAGAAGACAUGCUGUGAAUGAAAACACGCAAGCUUACAGCCGUAACACCAUAACAUAAGUUUAAACUGAUUAUUGCAGUACAAUGUAUCUAUACCUGUCUCAAAGUUGGUCAGGAUAACUUAAAAUAUAUAGAUGUAUAUGUUUAAAUGUAUAAUAAUAUAUAAGAGAAGAUGUGUUAGUUUCUGUCAUGUUGAAUUUAGAGGGUUUUAACUACAUUUUAAUCAGAUUUUGUAACAAAUCUUAUCAAAUAAAUGUUUUUUGUGACAAUUUUUUUAAUUUUCUGUCCUAUCGAAGAAGAGCACACAACAGGAAUAUAUUCUACAUUUGGAUAUGAGCAGAUUGUGCUCAUCAGAAAUUUAUCGCAAACAAAUAAUGCAAACUCAAUUAGCAUUUAGUUGAACUUACUUAGCUUUUUUUAUCCACAAAUGAAUACCAUGAGAUAUAGUUGAAAGCUGUAGGAAAAGCUAGUAAGUGGACUUUGAGUUAUGCUGUAUGUCAUCCCUUCUCUCUCUCCCUCUUUCCUGUCCCUCUCUCAAGCUGUCGGAUCAUACAUAAAGGAAUA